GUUGCGUACACAAUGUAACGUAACCAUUUAGUAUGGUGCCACUUUUCGCCGGUGGCUAUGCUUGCAAAAGAUCGGCAUAGUUCCGCUGUAUUUGAGCAUAUUAAAAAUACGUAAUCGUUUCAUUUAUAUAAAUUUAAGCAUUUCAAAGAAAAUUUAAUGUCCCAAAUCUUAUUUUGUUUGAGAACCAUUUUUUACAUCCUGCGGAAGCUGGUGGAAUCAGGUCAACUUCAAGCGACCCGAAACGUCAAAAAUCAUUGAACUGUCAGCUCACCCAAGACAAGAACGUUUUAACCAGUUGACCAGCUGAGAAUUAUAUCACAAAGAACGGGAACCUUUUGUCAGCCAUGUUUGAAUGGGCGUACGCAGGGGUUGAUCACACGCUACCAGGCAACGGAGGUCAGGAAUGCGUUGACUUCAUCCCUUUAUGGCAACGAGUGGCGGAAAGUGGACUGGCGUGUGUUUUUGCCGCCAUUUGUAUCAAAUUUGCGUACAAACGCGUAACAUUGCCCGAGACCACAGCUGUAACAGACAAACGUGGGGACUGCGGGAAAAGGGUUCUGUUGGUUGCCAUGUGCUUGACGUUUGGAAUUGAGCUGGGCUUUAAGUUAGCCACACGACAGUUUAUAUGGAUCUUUAAUCCGUGUCAUGUGACCAGUAUGAUUCAGAUCUACAUCCUGGCGGCCCCCCCUGGCAAGCUGGUGACGGCCAUGUUUCGACUGCAUCUCCACAUGCUGACUGGGGCUCCCAUAGCUAUCCUCUUCCCAGUCAUCAAUACACGCUUGUUGCCAUUUGAGACCGAGGUCUACUUUAUACAGCACAUCCUUAUGAUGAUAAUCCCAUAUUAUCUCAUGUCAGUUGGAGGCGUGUACACCCCCGAGAAGCUGCGAGACAUGAGCUGGGGGAUACUGUCUCUGGGCUGGCUCUACUUCUUCCAUUUCGUGCCCCUAAACUACCUCGCUGUGAUAUCCCAGGUGAAUCUAAACAACAUGCUGUGUCCCGCUGUAUCUGACCCGUUCUACGGUCGACUGUAUCGAAUCUGCGCCAUGGGUCACCAGGUGAUCCUGCUGCCGGUGAUAGGAAAGUUCAUAGUUGCUUCCUCGUACUACUUCAACAUUUCCCGAACUAAAGACAUCAAAGAAGUUCCCGUUUUUGUUGAUCAGAGUCAACCAGUGGAUUGGUCUGGGAAGAUUGACAAGAACUGUGACUGUUCCAGUGGUCACUGCUCAGGUGAGAAGGGAAAUGAUCGAUUGAAUUCUCAGAUUAUGGAAACCAACAGGGAGGAGUUUUCUAAGCACAAAGAAAAUCCGGAAGCGAAAAACAAAAGUGCUGAUUUUGGAGUCAUACGGCGGAAUGGUAUGAGGAAUAAUGACGCUGACACAACAAAGUUGGACGCGGAUGAUAAUCUGACCUAUUUUUCCCAGGACUGCGGGGAUGCUGUGGGUACCCCACACACAAAUGGUCACAGCAAGCAAAUUUAGACACUGUGUCAGUACUUUUCUUGAAAGCUGGGGUCUUUUUUAGAUUCAAAAUUUAAGAAAGUCCACACUAGACUGUGUUUUAAAUAUUUGAGUUAUUAUUGAUUAUUUUGUUACAUGUGUUUCUUUUUCUAUUUCUAUUAUUGACAUCAAUUGUUUAUAGCAUAAAUGAAUUGUUAUUAGUACCUUAAAGCAGUUGUUUUGUUUAACAGAAAUUUUUAGGUCAAAUGAAUAUUUGUGUAAUUUAUUUAAUUAGUACUAGAAAUUGAAGGUGAAUUAAUAUUUAUAGUUAAUACUGUUGAUUUUGACAGUCAUAACUAUUAAUUUAAUUAGAAGAUUAUUUGAUAUAAAUUGAUAUAACUAGGGUUAAGACAAUAAUUAUAAUGAUAUUAUGAGCAAAGUUUUGGCAACAUAGAGAUACUGUUUUUCAUUAACUGAAAGGAUACGUGAAAGUAUAUUUCUGCAAGAAAUAAAGUGGGGUGGCGGUAGUUAAGGGUACCAAGAAACACUUUUUUAGUAUAGCAACACAAAGUAUUGUUACAAUCCAUUUUUGUUAACAGUGCAAUAAUUGGUAACUAAGAUGCGAUUGACUAGUCAGUAUUAUUUUUUUUACAUGACCACCUUAUUUGUAUUGUAUGGGUAACACUUUAAAGCAAUAAUGACCUAUCGGCAUUCUUUGCCCAUAUGCUGAUUUCGCUUUCUUGCUUUAAGGGACAAAUUUCUUUAGAAAAAAGGCAACUCCUUUGUCAUUGGGCGAAAGCUCCAGUCCAUUGAAAAUACUUCAAUGCAUAUUAAAAGGGCAUCAUUUUCAAUGAAAAAAAACUAUGCUGUACACUUUUGUGUCUGUAAUAAAAAAAUGUUAUUAUAUUAAUGUUUGAAAAGACCAGGGGGUUGUUUCAUCAAAGAUCGUACGACAAUCUUAAUUUACGACUAAAAUUUGAAAAUGAAAAUAUACAUGGUGUUUAUAAAUAUCCACGCAAAACAUAUUCCGACGGUAAGACACUGAUGAAAUGAAUAAAAUUACUGGAUAUUAGUCAUAAUAUGCCUUGGUGUUUUGCAAUAAUGUUUCUUCAAAAUAUGUAUCUUAUUCUAAAUUUGUCGUUCAAUGUUUGUUGAAACGGUCCUCUGGUGUGAAUAUCGAAUACAAUGGAUGCUCAACAAAUGAGGGUGGGUGCUGUUGAUAUAUGCCAGAGGAUCUUGUAUCACUGGCUGUCAUGUGUGCAGACAUUAUACGAAUGUUAACAACCAAAUAAAUAAAGCAAAAUGUAA